AUGGUAUUCGAAAAGACUGGGAAAGUUACCAUAUCCGUAGUUGGGUAUCCAGGCUCAGGAACGGAUGUUCGUCAACAUGUUGGGAAAUCUUGUCUCAUAAACCGUUUUAUGGCCCCAUACAGGUUCAAUGAAAACCACUUGUCAAUUUUAAGUUUGUCAGAUUAUGAUAGUGAAGUCAUCUGUUCAAGCCACUGGCUAUAUUGGGGAGACAGUAGUGUGAAUGUUAACGGCUGUAAACUACAUAUCCAAAUAAUUGAGCAGUGUGACUUUGUGGAUGACCAUCUUUUCCAACCUCUUUUCGAACCCAGACCAUAUGCAGAACGAUGUUUGGACUUUAAAAUCACCUUGCAUUCAAGAAAGUUGUGUUACGUUUGUAAGGAGCAGCUUGGGCAUGAGUCGGCUUUUCCUCAGGUUUAUCUUGAACCCACCACUUUAUUUGUUGAUGUCUUUGUAUGUGUAUAUGACAUGUCAUUAUGUGGUCCUUCAGCUCUGCAACAGGCUGCCUUUUUAGGUCAUGUCAUCACUCGUCUUUCGUCUCUUAAGUUUCCAGUGGUUGUCGCAACAUCUAAACAUGAUAUGAAUGUUUCUAGUCAGGCCUCAACUCUCUUUAAAGAUACACUCAGUGGAUGUAAAAAACAUUGGAUGAAAAAUCUGUGUAUCGUAGAAACGUCUUCACGUCUAAAUGUAAAUGUCAAAACUGUUUUUCAAUGUGCUGCAGUUUUUGGACAUCACAAACGUGCUAAUAAGUACAAACUCCAUACUGGCCUUUUACGUUGUUCACUCAGAAAAUCAUCCAACGAACGCAAACCGUCCCCUAUGUGUUUCGGAAAGUCAGUGUGGUCUAGUAUACGUUGGGUUCAAUAUGGUACCAGUUCAUGUGAUACAAACGUCCAUUCGAUUAGCAGCGAAUCUCCAAAUGUUCGACAUGUAUCUUAUUUUCCUCCACUUGUACAGUCUCUCACAUUUCCUAAACAGCAUAAUAAACUAAGAAUUCCUGAACGAAUCAUUUUACCACAGAUGAUUGGCGUAAACGAUCCAAAUAUUCCUAUCACAAACCCCAGUUCACCCUUGGAAACGAAAACCUAUCAAAUGAACGCAAGUCUAUUUCCUGAUACCCAUUUUCCUGAAAACAGUUCUUUUGUUCAAGACAUAACUUUACCAAAAAUAAGUGAUGUAUGUGAUCUAUCUGUCUUACCAACCCCUCCACCACCUCUUCUUUUACCUGGUCCAUGCAGUCGAAGUUCUUUUGAACCAAUCAAUUCAUCUUCCAUUGAAACUCGUAAAUCAGUAGCACUUCCUGCCAAAUGUCCAGACUUAUCUCAUAACAUUCCUGCCGGAAAUCCGUUUGUAAAAAUCUAUGUACGUGGGCAAACAGAAACCUCUAAUUGUGCCGCAGCAGCAAUGCGAGACCUUUGUCCAUUAGAAUUCUACAUUGAUAAAACUGGACGUCAGUUUCGUGUCAUAAUUCUUUCAAAUUCUUCUAAAAAUCUUCGUAAUCAAACACCUAUUCUCAAUCCUUUGCCAUUCUACUCAGAUCCUCCUAAUCGUCGUCCAAAUGGUCUAACCAUUCAACCCGUUCAUAUGUCUCUGACAGCAUCACAGAUGUCAGCGUUCUCUGCCCCGAAUAGUAGUUCAUUGGGAAACAAUUUUGGUACUGCUGCUUAUGGUAAUCAUAAUAACAACAAAGAUUGUAGUCCAAUUAUUGAUUCGGUACAGGGAAAUCUAACGUUAACACCAUUCAGCGUUGAUAAUUCAAUGCCUCCAAGUUCUUUCCAAAGUUUUAAGGCUAAUCACUUGAAUACUUUGACAGAAUAUUGUGUUUAUUUAUUCAUAUACAAGAAUAUUAACGAGCUUUUAGAAUGUUGUGAACUAAUUAAACAUGAAUCAUCAAUUUCCACUGUCCAAAAACCGAUAAAAGUUUUGGCUUAUUUAUACUGCAGUAAUUAUGACGCACUUGAAAGAAAUGUAAUCCUCUCUGGACUAAUGGCUUCAUCGCGUUUUAGAAUACCUUAUUUGUCUGUAAAUUCUGAAUCAGUAGAAGUGUUUCUGGAUAAUCUCCUCUACUUAACAACUAAUACCCAGAUAGAAAACGAUCAAACAACAUAUACUUCCAAUUCUAAUAUUUCUUUUAUUGACUGGAGAAGUUUUAUAAAUGUUGAUUAUUUAUCCAUUCUUACAGAAUUCAUUUGUCUAUCAGAAAACUUUAUGGAUAAGCUAAUUACAGAAGAUAAAUUCAAAUUUGUCGGAUUAUUAACAGCGUUAAUCCUGUCAAACUGUAAUAUAGUAUCCGGUUGUACUGAUUCACAUAGUACAAACCGCAAAUUAUUCUUUGUACCUUCAACAAUUUAUCGCGAAGAUCCGCAAUCGUAUUGUAAAAGUAAAAAGAAUUCCUCAUGCAUUUACGUGCAUUUUGUACAAUUGGACGAAGUUAUUGAAUCCGUUCUAUGCCAGUCUCCUACGUUCUCAACGGCUUAUAGUCCUCGUGCCCUACUUAUCCACUAUUCUUCAUCUUCCUGGUCCGAAGUUGGAAUUGACAUUGAAGAUUCUCUCAAUAAACUUUGCUCUGCAUUUGAUUUAAAUACUUUUAGUGAAUACAAAUUCACUCCAGUGAUAUUACUUGUCGCGUUUCAUUCAGGAUCUUCUCAACAAAUCCCUGUAGAAGCUGAAGGCAUUAUCCAUGGGCUAAAACUUAUUCAACGCUUAGCACAUGACUAUAGUUGCCCACUUUUUUUACCAUCAUCAGAAUACGAACCAGUGAAAGUCCAAUUUAGAAAAAAUUCAAUCUCUUCUGGUGUGUCUACAGAAUGUGAAAGUGACCACAUCAACAUGUGCGAAAAUAUUCAGUCUAUAAAAGAUAGUGCAAAAUUUUCAUUGGGUUUUUUAUCUGUUUCUCGGUCGGAUGAUGUAAGAGCUGAACUGUACAAACGCAUUUUUGACGGAGAAUUCAGCAGUUGGUACUCUAGCUUCGAAAUGACUAAAAAUCUUUCUGAUAACUCGGUUUGUUCUAACGUCGUUGCCAACAAUAACAAUUAUUUCUCAAACACACACACAUCAAAAUGUUCAACAUCCUCAAAAAGUCCCACCGAAAAACCACAAUUUGCACUUGAUUCUCAAAAUGUGAGCUGUGUCUGUUCAUCAAUCCUCCAUAAUCCACCAAACGAUGUAAUUACACUUCCUUGGCUUCCUCUUAGUCCAACUGAUGCAUUUAGUUUCCAGAGUUUAAGGUCACUUCCAACUCAAAACUCUUUUUCUAGAACUUUUUGUCGGGAAACUACUCAUGCAAAUAUUAUUCGGACACUUGACAAUCAUAGGCAACUGUCUCGAUCAAAUAUACUCAAUUCUACAGAGUGUGGUAUCUUACCUUCGACAAUAUGUGAAGAAAUGUGUCAGAUGUCUCAGGCUGGUGUAUUUUGUUCAGUAUGUCCACAGUCAUGUUCCACAGCUGUCGCUUUACCCAGUAUUAACUCUUCUGUAGAAGAGUAUUACGCCGAACUUCCCAAAGUAACUCAAUCAGUUACUUUAGAACUGGAUUCACGUCGUCCUCAUCCUAAUCGACCUAAACGACCUCACCCACGUACCGAUUCCGCUCAUUCUCAUUCACCGUCUCCGUUAUUAUCCAACGACCAAAAUUUAUUACCAACAACCAUAGCUUUCAAUCAGUCGAUAACUGACCUGUGUUCUAAAAAUGAUCUGUCCCAUAUUAACGGUCACCAAACAUUAGAUAAUGGUUCAACCGUUUAUGCUGAAGUUAACGAUGCCUUCGUUUACAAAACACUUCCUCAUUGUUCUUCAUCAGGUUUUAUUCCUACCAAACUAUCCUCACAUGUAGAUCAUUAUGAAUUAACAGAUUCUGUACAGCAACUUAAUAAUUUAACUUUGUAUCCGAAUCUUUCAAGUUCUCCGUACACCUCCAAAAUCCGUGAUAAUACUCAUGUAAAUGGCUCCCUUGUUUUAAAUAAUACACGCGAAAUGUGCCAUUCAAAUUCAUCGCGUGUGAAUCCAUUAUCGAAUAUCUUUUCACAAUGCAAAGCUCCUGCUGAUACUUCCUUUGGAAGAACUAGCUUGCAGUUUAAUCCGAGACAUACAAACUUACCAGCUCUGCCUCCGAACGAGAUUCCAACCUCCAUAUCAACUCAUUCAGAUUCAAAUUUCUCGUUGCUUCCUUUUUUUUGUAUGCCUACUCAAGCGACACGUUCCGUUUUAUGCCCCUCUUAUUCCAACAGUUGUUCCACCCCAUUAUGUUCUUGGUCUACAUGUAGACAGCACGCGGUAAAUUUCAGUAGAUUUUCGAGAGAACCAAAUGUUUCAGCUUCUGGCUUGCAGUGUGCUCCAAAUACUUUUCCUCUCAAAUCUUCUACGUUUCUUGGACCUGUGAUGCCCAUAGAAGUCCCGUGCGAAUCUCUCCCUGUUUCUCAGUUGAACCAAAAAAAAACAUUGACUUAUGUUGUUGAUUCGGCUGUCACUAACAUAUCGCCUGUUACGUCCGACUUGUCAAAUAAUCGAAAACGAUUUCCACGGAAUAUUUUAUCCAGUGCUAUAAAGCGAUAUAAUAUUUGGUCACGAUAUAUGUUGAACAAUAGUCAUAACUCAAAAACUUAA